GAAUAAAACAAGAUGGAGAGAAAAAAAAGUCAGCAACGUGUGUUGGCGAAUUGCAAUAAUGGCCUCAACCCUUUUCGGUGAACCUUAGUCACUCUCUGUUAUCUCUACACACGCCAACACUACUCCCACUUCUCUCUCUUCGCUUCAGUUCUUCUGUCAUGGUGGUGCAUGCAUGAGCUCGGUCAAUGCACGAUUCUUCUUGUCAAAGUCAAACAAAGUGCCUUUGAAAUUUUAAACCCGCUUUCUAAGAAAAUGCUUUCUUUUCAGUUCCUAUAAAUUGGAUGCAGACUCAACAGAGAAGGAAGAGAUUGUUGGAAAGAAGAACAGAGACGGCCAUUGAAGACAGUGACAGCUCAUUGGAACCAAAGAGGUUAAGGUUCUUCGCUUGAAGCGAAACAGAGUGAAAGAAUCAGAGAAGCUUGAAAUGGAAGCCAUGAACGUGACGACGAGGGUUAGAGAAGAAGUGCGUCUUGAAGAUGAUAGCACUGAGACUGAACUCCACAAAAUCCGUCUCUUGAGGGCUAUGGUUGAAGCACGAGAUCCCUCUGCUAAGGAAGAAGAUGAUUUUACGAUUAGAAGAUUCCUACGUGCUCGUGAUUUAGAUUUGGAGAAGGCUUCUACAAUGUUCCUCAAGUACUUGAAAUGGAGACAUUCGUUUCCAAAUGGUUCUGUAUCCGUAUCAGAAGUUCGCAAUGAACUUGCUCAAGAGAAGGUGUUCAUGCAAGGAAAGGACAAGAUAGGUCGACCUAUAGCUGUUGUAGUCGGUAGAAAACAUUUUCAGAACAAAGAUGGUGGAGAUGAAUUCAAACGGUUUGUCGUCUACGUGUUUGACAAAAUAUGUGCAAGUAUUCCACCUGGUCAAGAAAAGUUUGCUGCUAUAGCUGAACUUAAGGGAUGGGGAUACUCAAACAGUGACGUUCGUGGAUACCUUGGUGCUCUAUCAGUUUUGCAGGAUUACUACCCGGAAAGAUUGGGGAAGUUGUUUAUUGUCAAUGCACCAUACAUAUUUAUGAAAGUGUGGCAAAUUAUUUAUCCUUUCAUUGACAACAAAACCAAGAAGAAGAUAGUAUUUGUGGAUAAAAACAAGGUGAAAUCAACACUGCUAGAAGACAUUGAUGAAAGUAAUAUACCAGAGAUAUUCGGUGGGCCACUGCCAUUAGUCCGACUUCAGGAUAUCUAAUUAAAGAACUGCUAACAAAUAAGGAGAGACCAUACUAGAAAAAAUAAACUUUAUUCUUUCUAAUUUAUGUAUUUGUAUGCUAUUUUCUGUACCCAAAUAAAGUACAUGGCACAAUAUAGACUGGCCAUUGUUGUCUCAACAGAUUUAAUUUGGUGCUAUACUUGUCCUCAUUCUCAUCCAAUAGAAACCAAUGUAGGUAGGCUAUUGCAUCAAAGAGUGAUGUUUGGUGUAUGUUACGAUGCAAUAUGCUGUUACUUCAUCAA